UGUCCAGAAGCGUUGCAGUCAGGCCACUGUACGCGUUCUGGCUGUCGCGACCAGCACGAUGUCGCAGAGUGUGUGCCAUGCAGACGGUUCAUUCCUACCCAAGUGAUGCAGGCGCACGUCAACGGACGGGCGCACUCGACGGACGAAUCGAACACUCUACCAGGACCAGUGGCAGUCCCAGGAGCAUCUUGGUGCGAUGUAUGCCGCAUACUCGUGUAUGUGGGAACGCAGGGGUUCGAUGCGCAUACACAGGGUAAAUGCCACAAAUCAAAUGUCGAAUUGAUGUCCACGGGCGCUUCGCCGGGCGCAAUCCCCAUCCCUGAAGGAUUCGCGCGUUGCGAUGUCUGCCAGAAGACAUUUAAACGAUCGAAACGGAACCUUCAUCUCAAGUCACAACAACAUUUGAAUCAGCAGAAAUAUGUUGGUAUUGACAAAACUCUCGGUGACGCCUCUGACGAUGGCGAUAUUAUUAUCCAUCCUACAGACGGCCAUGACUUUGGCGUCGUGGAGCGGGCCGAUGACCAGUCUCUGUUCGCCUCAAGCGUGGCGAGAUUCACCAUCCAUCUUGAUGCGUGCGCGCCUGCAUCGCUGAGGUCAUGCCCCAAGGUCUCAUUGAUCGAGGUCAAGCUAUCAUCCUCGCAGUCAUUGCAGACCGACAUGUUUUCAAGCUUCCUUGUAGAAAUCGAGGGAGAUUCAAGAUGGAUAGAGCCAGAUACCUCGUUGCGUGUCAUGGUGACUCUGAUUCCUUCUUACGAAGGCCGCUUCGAGGACAGCCUUCUUUUCGUGUUCCAUAACUUCUCCUCAAAGACCGAUCUCACAAUCUCUCGCCCAGUGUCCGGCAUCGCAGGUUCAUUGAUUGAUCAAAAACGCCUGCGAGUUCCUGAGACGCCCCACAGAUCCCGUCGGCCGCCACGACCUAACCCUUCGAACUUUGUUCCAUUGAAGCCUCCCACAUGGACGAGAACACAAUAUGAGAACUUGCUUCCCGAAUUUCCCUUGCCAUCGACGUUUGCAGAGACUCUGCACUCAUCAAAGUUUGAUAAAGAGAUCAAGCACGCUGCCCAAGCGCCCAUGCCGGUCGAACUGAAUGUCGACACGUAUCGAGAUUACUUCGAGACUUUAUUGUGGCUUGAAGAGGCGUACAUUAGGUGCGCUCUAUGCUUGUAUUUUGGCGACAGCUAUUCUGACCUUUCAAGCAAGAUUGAUUUCGCUCACGAAGAUGAGCUAAAUUUGCCAGACAUCAAAGUCGGAGACUACCUCAUACUCGACCAACUAUCGACCGACACAUGCUAUGAAGUGCGCAUACAUUCAGGCGGGUACUUAUUCAUGGAAGACGGAUUUGUUGGACCACUUGUCCUUCGCGUGCCAAAGGGGUUUAGCACAUACCGUGGCUUCAAGUUCGGCUUGAGAUUUGUACUCAAUCGGAUGCCGCUACGUAGAAUGCAUCUCGCAGUAUCAGCCCCGUUCAAAUUUGGUCCGGCCAGGGUGCUUUUUCCUACACUGACACCGACACCCACGACUCCGGCAUAUGACGUCGGCGAGAUCGAGUUUUACAACUUAAGCAUUGGGCAGGAUGAGGAACAAACUCGAACAAUCUGUUCGAUACUGUAUCUGCCGCCUGGUAGCGUUCCAUUUAUCCUGUAUGGCCCCCCCGGCUCAGGGAAAACGGCCACGAUCACGGAGGCGAUUCUCCAACUACUCAAGCGUCGCUCUAGCUGCAGGAUUCUUGCAUGUUGCCCUAGCAAUUCUGCAGCUGAUGAACUAACGACACGCCUCUCAACUCACUUGUCCACAGGCGACAUGUUUCGUCUCAAUGCCUUUUCUCGACCUUUGCAGGAUUGUAGGGAGCCAGUGGUACCGUACACUUUGAGUAACGAUCAUGAUACGUUCGCUUUUCCUCCCAAGUCUGCCAUGGUCAAAUUCCGCAUCGUUGUGUCUACCUGCAGCUCGGCGGGCGUCCUUCAGAGCCUUGGUAUACCCACCGGCUAUUACAGUCAUGUCUUCAUCGACGAGGCCGGGCAGGCCGAGGAACCUUUGACCUUGAUUCCUAUUGCCGCCGUUGCGGGCCACGAUACCAACAUCAUUCUAGCUGGAGAUCCAAAACAGUUGGGACCUGUCGUAAAGUCGCAUAACGUCGGGUUGCGGCGUAGCUUCUUGGAGAGGCUGAUGUCUCAAAAAAUAUAUGACCCUGCAGUCGGGGACGGACGGACGAUCGUUCAACUCAAGAAUAACAGGAGAUCGCACGAAGCAAUUUUCACCUUUUCCAAUCAACGUUUUUAUGACAAUCAGCAACAGUGUGCCGGGGACCCUAAGAUCACGCAUUCCCUGCUAGGCAGCUCUGUUCUCGUGAAUAAAGCAUUCCCCGUCGUUUUCCACGGGAUCCAGGGAAGGGACAGAUACGGAAAUUCGAGAUCGUUUUACAAUAUAGAAGAAAUUUCGCUCGUCAAAAAAUACUGUAGGGACCUUGUCGGGGAUCGAGAGAGACGUGUUGAGGCGGCAGAGAUCGGUGUGAUCAGCCCGUACCGGAUGCAAGUCCGGGCGAUCAGGAGAAGCCUCAAAGAAGAGAACUUAGGCGACGUGACUGUCGGAUCGGUCGAGCAGUUCCAAGGACAGGAGCGACGGGUCAUCAUAUUUUCGACAGUGCGAAGCAACACGAAAACCACCGAAAGGAAGUCAGCGGGCUUCAUCGGAGACCCUCGUCGUCUGAACGUCGCGCUGACGCGCGCGCAGGCGCUGCUGAUCGUCAUCGGCGACCCGGCGGUCCUGGGCAAGAUCCCGCUGUGGCGUGGGUUCUUGAACUUUGUGCACAUGCGGGGUGGGCACACGGGGAAGAACUUCGACUGGGACUCUGCGACAGACGAGCCUGACGCGACGGAGCUCGUGGACCACGUCAGGACGAGAAUUAUGAAGUGAGGAGAGCGAAGGGCCGUUCGCCUGUAACAAUACGCAUCGCCAGCUGGUUGUAUUUGUAGUGUGUAUGUUCCGGAUCGUCGAUGUGCCAGGCACGUCGCGAGUGAUGAAACAGAGUCUGGCGGUGACCCCACC